AUGGCCAUCAAAACACCAGCACCUUUGGCCAGCAGGGCCAUCUAUGGCUAUGUGCUCUAUGUGUCGUGCCACUUGGGACUUGCCCUGUAUGUGCUUUGGGCAUAUAUCCCGAGUUCUUGGCUGAGGGCAAUGGGCAUCACCUACUUUCCGGACAAAGUGUGGGCCAUUGCUGUGCCUCUUGCCGGUGUUGUGGCUGUGUUGUUGUUUGGCUUCUGUCUCUACCCUGCGAUCAUUGCCUUUGCCACAGCCCCGAUGGACUCUCCAUCCACCAUUUGCGACAAGUACUCUGUUUACGAGUACAGAAAGCCACCCAUUGAUGGUGCCAUACCACCUAUCAAGGAUGUCCACAUCUCACAGGUGUGCCGAGAAUUGUAUGGGCAUUGA